GGCGGCUCCGACGCGGACCCUACAGAGCCCGGUGUCCCCCUGAUAGCCAGCCUUGUCCCCGCGGCCGCCCAAGCUCGUAGCCACCCAGCGACUCGGCGAGCGGCCUCAGGUGGACAACCAUCUGGAGAGCCUGCCUUAGGCCAGGGACUUUCACUUCAAGCCGGAGCUCCAGUUCGAGAAAGAGGCACGGCUGCCUCCUUACCCCCAGCUCAGGCCCACCAUGGGGAAGAACAACAGUAAACUGGCCCCUGAGGUACUGGAAGACCUGGUCCAGAACACGGAGUUCAGCGAGCAGGAGCUAAAGCAGUGGUAUAAGGGUUUCCUGAAGGACUGCCCCAGCGGCAUCCUCAACCUGGAGGAGUUUCAGCAACUCUACAUCAAGUUCUUCCCUUAUGGAGAUGCCUCCAAGUUUGCACAGCAUGCUUUCCGCACCUUCGACAAGAACGGCGAUGGCACCAUCGACUUCCGGGAGUUCAUCUGCGCCCUUUCCGUCACCUCCCGUGGCAGCUUUGAGCAGAAGCUCAAUUGGGCCUUUGAGAUGUACGACCUGGACGGUGACGGGCGCAUCACACGACUGGAGAUGCUGGAGAUCAUCGAGGCUAUCUAUAAGAUGGUGGGCACUGUGAUCAUGAUGCGUAUGAACCAGGAUGGGCUCACACCUCAGCAGCGUGUGGACAAGAUCUUCAAGAAGAUGGACCAGGAUAAGGAUGACCAGAUCACGCUGGAGGAGUUCAAGGAGGCGGCUAAGAGUGACCCGUCCAUCGUGUUGCUGCUGCAAUGUGACAUGCAGAAGUAGAGGCCGGUGAGGGGCAGGGCCCCUGGCCAGGAAAGGCAUGGCACCUCCCAACCUGAUGUCCUCUCUGCUGGCCCAUCCCCAGGGAGGGGGGGCGUUCUAGCCUCACUCUCUAGCUCACCCACUCCUCUGCCCAAGCCUUUCUCUCCUCAGUCAAGCUCCUUGAGCGACCACCUCAUCCUGCAAAAGAGAUAGGUCCUCUCAAGCAGUCUGUCCUCAGAUAGUUUGUCACUAGCUCCACCUCUGGCCUUGGCCUAGAACCAACAUCCUUUGGGCUUAGGAGAGUUGGCUUAUGACCCAAGAGGCGAGGUUAAGGAGGGGCUGAGGACUUGCUUUGCAAUCCUGUUGUUCCCAGGAUUAUGGUCCAAAUAAACAGCAUGGUCCCAUCGGCCCCCAGUCAAAGGGCCAAACCGGGUCUGCCAUGGACUAUCCGGAUUCCCUGAGAGGUGGUCUCCGCCCUGCCCCCUUGCUCUACCUGGCUCCUCUGGCCCCACCCAGCCUUUGGAACGUUCAGUGAGUCCUUUCCUCAGCUAAUGCUUGUGGAGCACUCGCCCCGUGCCAGGCACCUGACCGUGCUAAGAAUAUGGCUGUUUACAGAAAUCCAUCCCUUGCCCUCUGGAAGCUCACAGGGUAAUGAGACAACUUCCAAGGGUUGCGGUCUCAGACAGGGAGGUAGGACACAAUGGAGAUGAAGGUGCGAGGCAGCUGGCCAAUUGUCAGAACUUGUGUGUCCUUCAGCUGGUGCCACCCAAAGCUGCAGAAAGACCGAAUGAAAAGCCUGUGGAAGUUUAGGUGCCACUUGGGUGGAAGUUUUAAAAAAAAAAAAAAACAACAAAAUUUUAUGUAAUAUUUAUUUUUUUAGUGCCCUUUCAAAGAGACAAGAUCAUUUUAUUAGACUAUUAAAAAUAUACUCUAUAUUAUUGAUUUCUUAAAAAAAAGAUUUAAAUGAAUAUAAAAAUGCUAAUGUUCAAGGGGGAAAAUGUUUAGGCAAAAGCAGUAGGGCUACUACCAUCAGACCCGGAGAACCAGAACUCUCACCACCAGCAGUUCCUGCUGUCUCUGCUACAUCCUUUUAUUACCUUUUCUCAACUCUAUGAGUGACUUUUCUGUCGCGCACUUGGGUGCUGCCAUCAGAGAAAGGAACAAAGUUUACCAUGGGCAAGCGUCGUUCAGUCCCACACCUCAGUAGCCUGUUUCUGAGUUUGGGUUGGUUUUUCAAGGAUCGGAUUAUUCUUUCACAGUCUAAGAUAGAAGGAGCUAGAAGAAAGAGGUCAUGUGGCCGCUGUUCAGGCUUUGGGGCUGCGCCUAUUUGUGGGUUAAAUGCUUAAAGAAUGUGCUGGGCAUACUCCAUACGAAAGGCUUUUUCCUUAACCCUUCCAUUCUAGAUCUGCCAGGUAACCUACUUUGUCACCUUCCCAGCUCACCAGCUUCACUUCCUGAAUUUUAAGGUCUAUGAGCUAACUAGUGUGCUGCAUGCUUUUCAGAAAAGCCCACUUGCUUCUCCCGUUCCUCCGUUCACUUUUGCCUGUGCUUCCUCGCAAUCAGAGGUUGGCUUUGAUGUGCGAUGACAGCUGGCUUCCUCUUGAACUGCUGUGAAAACAGUCUAGUACAGAGAUGCUGUCAGCCGGGGUGGGAGUAGAGGGCGCUUUUGACGCUGGGGCGUGUGGUGGGGGAGAUUGUUCUGCAGAAGAUACGCUAUUUGCCACUUCCGAGUGCUCACCUCCUUGCUGGUGGAAAUGUUUGUAGAUUCUGAACUGUGGUCCAAAGUUCUGUCAGACUUUCCUUCUUGUGGCCUUUGGAGGGAGCAAGACACCUUCUUCCUGACCUGCCUAUCCAGGCCACAUGGUAAGGGUGAGGAACUCUUAGCCCUCAGUCGUACUGGCAGGUGUUUAUCUGGUGAUGCUUCAUGGGACAGUUCCAUAGCUCUCACAAACGGCCUGUUAAACAUGUCUUGUGCUGGCGUCAGUGCCACAGACACAUAAAUGCUCAACUGCCUAGCUCGGCUGGGACCUGACUCUAAUGAAAAGCUUCUCCUCCCACCCCCACAAAUGUUUAAUCUAGUCCAGCUCACAAUGACACAGAAUUUCUUGGCUUUCAAAGGCUUGGAUCUACAUGCACCUCAUUUUGUCCUCAUAGCCCAGGGAGACAGGGUUUUUCUGUACUUUUACCCAGGCUCGGAAGCUAAGGUUAAGGGUUGAGGGUGAGAGGUCUCUUGUGUGAUAGACACACUGCCAAGACUCAAACACAAGGCUAAGAGUCUCUUCUUUCCCCCAUCUGAUUUGUCCAGAUGCUAACUGCAGGACAAAUUGACUUUUGUCCUUUUAGAAGUUUCCUGCCAAGAACUUUCUGAAGCCACAGUCUUCCAAAAAGGAGGAGGAGGAGCUUGAAGUCUCGCCAUUUUCAAGCAUCUUCUUGUUGCUUCUGGGAAGCUUUGUAUGGACUGAUCCUGUUCUUGGAGGCUGCUAACCCAAUCCUGGAAGCAUCUUGCAUUGUCUUCCCCACUAUCUUCCUUCCCAAAAGAAUUGCUUUUCUUUUUCCAAGCCAGAAGGCAAGUUCUACCCAUGAGACAGAUCACUCCAGGCUUCUGGCCCCCACUCAGGAGCAAUAUUUGCUACUCAGGACAAAGGUUUCAGACAUCCAGCAGGCCCCAAGCUGGCUCUGCCCUCUUGCUGAUGGGAGGAGCCACAGGCAGGUUAAGCCUUGCUCCCACACCCUCCUGGGUGUCUAAACCACGGGAGACCAUGUGGUAGAGCGCCCAUCCCUGCCUUGGGAAGAGAGAGAUCUCCCAUCUCUGCUCCAGCUUGAGAAGCACUUAGCAUGAAGCACAGGUCAGCAGAGAUCUGUGUGUGACAUGCACAGACAUGAAAACAUACAUACACUUAAAACACUGACAUAUCAAAUUCUCCUUCGAGGUUCUGCAUCCUCUUGCAAAGAAGUCUGCGAGUCUGGUGGUUCCAGAUUUAGCCUUCUCAUUCCCGCUAUCCUCAUUCAUCCUCUCUGGCUAAGUGAUGAGCCUCUUAUUUCUCAUCCCUAAAAAUCCUCCACGUAGGCUGCUCUGUGUGCCGCUGCGGUCCGUGCAGCUGCAUAAUUACUCGCGUAUCUUUAAAAUUAAGAGAAAACCAAGCCCGCUGGCAAAGGCACUGAUUCUUUUCUGCUCUGGCAAUGGCAGAGCCUCAAAAGCAGAAAUCCGCUUUACGCAGAAGGUUGUGGGAGCAAGAAGAGGACAGGCUGGGCUUCCUAGGCAGGGCAAUGAGCAGACACUGUAAAUAUUUUUACACAAAAAUUUAUUAAAGCAAAAGUCAUUUCCUGAAGAUCCACCCUGGGUGAGGCUUUGUGUUGGCUUUAGAAAUCACCACGGGAUGAAGAAUACAUUUCUUACAUAGCUCCUUCAUUGUACUUAAAGAAAGCAAAGGAUUCACGUGCUCAAUUUAAAAGUCGCAGAAAAACAUGUUUUUCCUCCCUAGACUUUUCAGGGUUUUCUCUUCUUAGCUUGGUGGGAGUGUAGGGUAGGACAGGGUCUCUCAGGAUGCAUGGGUCCCUCUGCUUGGUGGAGGCUGUCCAGGUGCAUGGUCUUCUAAGCAGUGCGGAAGCCUAGGUGUACCCCCGUUCACUAUGGGAGCCCCAGUGUAGCCCUGCCCCCUCCAGACAUGCUGCUUCUAAUUGUGUUCACAGCAACCAUCUUCACUGAUCAACCCUGUGCCAAGUGGUGUGUGUUUUUUCCCACUGACAAUGAAUAAAA